GAGAGGAGACAGAGAGAGACAGAGACAGAAACAGAGAGACAGACCGAGAAAAGUGGCCAGAGGCCGAGAAAAGCCGCCAGGGCGAGCGAGCCGAGGAGCGCCGCCCGAAAGGCUCCGGGCCGAGCGGGAAAAGAACCGGCGCGCCAGUCGGGCCACGAGCGACCAGCCGAGGAAAGUAAACAGAAACGCUCGCCGGGAUGGAAUAAGUGUCGCCCUCGUCGCCUUUUUUAACAAGAUGGAGGUGUCAGCGGAGCAGGUGGAGCAGGCGGUGGUGGAGUUCUACCGGGACCCAGUUGCCAAGAGUGGCCUUAACACAUGGCUUAUGCAGGCCCAGCACUCCCGCCACUCCUGGACCUUUGCGUGGCCUCUUCUAGACCCCAGGAAGCCGGAAGAAGUGCAGUUCUUCGCAGGAAACACAGUAUACAUGAAGGUGUCGAGAUAUUGGCACGAAGUCCCUAAGGAAGAAUAUGAACCCCUUAAAAUCAAGAUCCUUAACCUUAUAGCGCAGUAUAGCAAUUCUAAAGUCGUUCUAAAUAGAUUAGUCAAAUCUUUAGGGGCAUAUGUCAUCCACACUAUCCAGCAUGAUUGGACUACCGCCAUACAGGACAUUAUUACCAUGUUCGACCCAGGAACGGUGCCAGGCAUCGAACCUUCCACAGCACUGAAUCUUCUAUUUAGUAUACUUACUAUAAUACCUGAGGAGUUGGAAACUAUGCAAGAAGCAAUGAGUAUCAAUAGUAAAGACAAGCAGGUAAUAACAGCAGCUGUUAGAAAUAGCCAUCAGUCAGUGCUGAGUUUGAUCUCCCAAGUGAUGCAAGCUGGACAGAUCAGCAAUGUGAUAAAGGAAGUAGUGCUCAAGACUUUGAAUGCGUGGCUCAAGCUCUCCUUGCCACUCUCUGAGACCAGAGACCUACUUGUGGCGUUAAUACCUUACUCCAAUUACGCUCUCUUGUGUGAACCUGUCAUGGAAGCAUUAAGAACUGCAGUGACUGAUGUUGGUACUUAUAACAUCCCCAACACAGUGAUGGACUUCGUCACACAGAUGUUACGGUUGAGGCCUGUGCUGGAGGAGGCUCAGCAUGCAAAUGAUGAGGUAAAACUAUUGCUUCAGCUCUUCCAGCCAGUGUACCUGAAAUUGGUGGAUACCUUCAUCCAGAAAUCCCUGCUGCCUCCAGAUAAUGCUCUGUCCGCAGAGGAGAAGGAAAUGUUCCGUUGUUACAGACAAGACAUCUGUGAUACCUAUAUGUAUGCAUAUUAUGUAUUAAGAGGAGAUAUGCUGAGUCAUUUAGAAGUUCAUCUUAAGGAUGCUGUAGUUAAAAUGCAGAGUGACCCCACUGACUGGCGGUACUUGGAGGCAGUCCUGCAUGCAUACUCCUCUGUAGCUGAAACUGUUGCUGAAACAGAUAACUUUUAUGUGCCACGCUUCAUUCAGAGUAUACCUCAGAUACCAUUCUCUGAUAAUAUUCAACUAAUAUCUGUGGCAUUAACAACACUAGGAGCAUAUGCAGAUUGGCUGAAUUACCACCAAGAUCACAUGCACCAUGUCAUUCCCCUCAUGGUGGAAGGACUUGUAAAUGCCUCUCUUGUUGGGGCUGCCUCCCAAGCCCUCAGGGACCUUACGUUAGAGUGCCCUCUCACCAUAUCUCCCUUCUCACAACCCAUCUUGACAAGCUGUCAGAGAGCACUGGAGCAGAGUCGACUUGACAGUGCUGAGACAGAGCGAAUCAUGACCAUCAUCAGCCGAGUGCUCUCUGUGGGCAAGGACCAGCCCACUAUCAUGACCUACCUCAAUGCUACCCUCACUCCCUACAUCUCACGUCUUAGUCAGCUAAAGGAUCUCAUGGGGAGUGGCCUUUCUCGAGAGCAACACAAUGAACUGGUCUCCCUCCUCAAACUCCUGUCCUGCAUGUCUCGGCAUCUCAACCUCAACAACACAGCUGUGGAGGAGGAUGACGAUGAGGAUGGAACCACAAGAAGACAUUCCCAAGCCGUCAGUGGAGGGCCCCAGCCUUUGCUCUUGGUUUUGCAACAGUUGAUGCCUCUUCUGUCUGCCAUUGCCUCAAAAGCAUCAACAGAUCAGGAAGUGAUAGAGGCACUGUGCAAACUUUUGAAAAACAGUAUAAGCACUUUGGUAGAUGACUGUGUGGCGAUCUUGCCAGCAAUCCUAGAAAUUAUACCUCAGCUCUAUGAAGCAUCACUCAACCCAGCAAUAUUAGAUUUAGUCAAACAGCUUGUCAUUUUGUUUGGUCGAGAGGGUAAUCAAGAGGCCAACAUGGGUGUCCUGCUACGGAUGGUGACGACAACCACACUGAGCCGAGCCUCGACCGACCUCUGGGCCCACACGGAUGCGGUCCAUGGCUGCCUCACACUGCUCACCGCCUCCUUCAAGAAAACUCCCAACCUUGUCUCAGCUCACCACAAUCAUGUUGCUCCGCUGUUCCACUUAGGUGUUGAAGCUCUAAAGCUACCAGAGGAAGGAACAGUGCGGAGUGCUGGACAUUUCCUCUCUAGCUUCAUACUUCUCAGCCGCGAUGCAAGUAUUGGUUGCCUCCAGCCUGUGGUUGCGCAUAACACAGAAACUCUCCUCCGAACGCUGAUGUUCUGCAUUUGUAACUCUCCACGACAUAGCCUAAGCAGCUUCAGUGACGUUCUCAGCGCACUGUGCAAGAUGUACGGGGAUGACCUAACUCGCACCUUCAAGACGGUUCAGGCUGAUGAGUCAUUCCUCUCUCCACGGGUCACAGCACAGCACAAGGAGGAGUUUGCCAAAAAAGUGUUGAAGAACAGAGGCAGCAAGCGCAGGAUUCUAGAGGCAGUUACUGAUUUAGCUCUGAUUGGAAGAGGUUUGGCUGGGACCGACUACGGGGCUCAGACUCGAGGCUUCCACUGACUAUAGGCUGUCCCUUUGCAUCUCGGAAAAUGAGCACAUACUUCAAGCAGCUUAAGCCAGAGUAGGAUUGUUUGGCUCAGGAGUAUGCAUCUUGUAUAAAGGUCAACCAUAUGCAUUGAGAUGGAGGGCAGCAAUCACUUCAGCAGCUAUGGUGUUAACUCUUCUUUCUUCCGUCUUGCCGACAUUCACUCUCCACCCUCUGAUAUUUUAUUUUUGAUCUUAUAUUGUCUCUCAUGGUUGUUUCUUUCCUCAUAGCUGUCAGCUUGGAGAAGGAAAGGUGUAUAGUGUAUACAUGUAAUUAAGGCAUCCCACUAUCCCAGUUAUUAUCAUUGGCAUGGAAUGCUUCUGAGAAGAUCUUCCUUGGCCAGUCUGAAGAAGAAAAAUAUUUUUGACAAUCUGUCCAAUAUGGCGUUGAUCACUGUAUUUGACGCGGAUUGUUAUAGAAAUGGAAGUGGAAAUAUUAAGAUAUCUCUUUUUCCUCAUCACUUUACAGAGCUUUGAAUGUUAUAUAUUCCAAAGCAGGACAUAGUAAUUUUUGCACAUAAAACUAGAUAUUUAUUUUUGUUGUCAGAUCAAUACAGUGUAGAUUCCAUGUGGCAAAAAGUAAUGCCUCCCACAGUAUUAUCCUUGUGUGUGUGUGCAUUUCCCCACGUAUAGUAUAUAGAGUGGGACAAUUUAUCAGGCUCGCUUGCAAACCCAGCUGAGCUUCGGAUGCAUGUUAUAUCCCUCUGGUCAUCCUGAAGUGCGAGCCCUGUGAUGGACAGAAACAUGAAACGAUUCCUAAUUGUGAAUGCUGCGACCUUGCAUCAGGGUUAAGUAGCAAAGGGUACAAGCCUCGUUAGAAAAGAACAACAGUGAUAAAUUUUACCAUUGGUUUACAAUCAUAACAUGAAGCAUCAUAAUCUCCAUUCCACUUCUCUUGUAUCUUUGUAUGUGCCGAUAUACUUGUUUAUAUUCCACAGUCUACUGGUUUUAAUUGAAGCUUACUGUAAAUAACUGUAUGAUCAGUUUAUGUAAAAAUAGAAAAGCUUAAAAGAGGUUAAAAUAGAGAUUGUUAGGGGUUACUUUUGAUAUAUAUGUAAAAACAUGGACAGUUAAAAGUGUGAAUAAUUUUAUUUUCACUCAACAAUUCCUUUUUUUAUUUGAAUUUCUGAUAAUCCAAGUCCAUAAUUGGAAUCUUCCUGAGGUGUCAAAAAAUCGACUAAUAAAUUUUUUGUGUGUGUUAGUUUCUCUGCCAUAGUGGCUUUCUAUUAAGAUAAAUUAAAUCUUGUAAAGACUUAUUGUUUUACAAAGUAUGUAAAUUGUAAUAUUGUUAAAUUGUCAAGAAAAGUAAUCUCUUGUUAGUCUUCUGUUAAUAUGUAUAGUCUGGGUUAUCAGUUUAACUUGAGAAAGGUUUCAUAAUUCUUAGCUACCCCAUUGGAGGACAGCAGCAAAGGGUAUUGUUUCACUCGUGACUCAACUAUCUGCCAGAGCUAAUUAGAACCUACCAAUACAAAAAAAGAGAGAGAAAACAAAAUGGUAUUCAGCAAGAAAAUUUGUACAGAGACCUCUUUGUCUUCAGUAUUGUGUAUCAUAUUUUUUGUGUAAUUUAUCUUAAUGUUUUCUUAUUUUUAUUAUUAUGGUAGAGGAAAAGGUGAUACCACAAGCAUUAUGAUUCAAAGACUCCAGGUUUUGUAUUAAUUUUUCUGACAUUAAUUUUUUUUAUGGUUUUAGAAUCGGUAGUGUUGAACAUGAACAUAUAUACAUAUUUAUAUAUACUGGAUAUAUAUACAGUGUAAGGCAUGGAAAAGUUGUUAUUAUUUGUUAAAAAAAAAAAAAAUCUUUUGGAAAGAUACAGGUGAUAUUAUACUUAACCAGUUUGACUAGGCUUCUAAGGGAGUUGUGAUGUUGUACAAAAAUUUGAUUCUCCACUUUAAAAUACAGUCCUAAGUAUAUUUUAGUCCUUACCAUAAGCAGCCCUCGCAUACCCAUACCUCUGUCAGUCUAAAUGUGUUUUUUUUUCUCAAUCUCUUGCACAGUUUUUGCAGUUUGCCUCCUCCUUCCAUGCCCACACUUUUCCUGUACCUGUAAUUUUUUGCAUUUUCCCCGAGACUGAUGGAGGUUCCAGUACUCAGUACUUUCCUCUUUUUAUCCCAAAGAUUUUAUGGAGAAUCAAUUGUACACAUGACAAGUCUUUUAUUGGGAUCGAGGGUGACUUCUGAUGCCCCAGUUUGCUAAGCGAUGUAGACGUUUUGAAGAUAUAUAUUUUUUGGCAAUAACAGAAUUUAUGAUCUCCCUCCAAGAAAAUAUUUGUGAUGUUUUAACUAUUAAAAGAUUUUUUUUACU